GUGUUUGUGUAUGGUACAAGAGAGUCAACAUUUGCAAGAAGACAAAGUCAAAUGUCAAAACGCAUUCAGUAUUUUUGGGUUUAAUAUUUAUAUAUGUAGAAGUCAUCGAGAUAUGCUAUUUCAAUGGAAGACACACAUUUAUUAUUUUAUACCUUUACUAAAUGUAUUGAAUGACUUACCGGUAUAUGGUUUGUCGGUAACUGUUGGAACCUGCAAUUUAUGGAAUGUAAUGUUUAACUGGAGAACAAGACUUGAACACAUCUCAGACAUUGUAUGUUCAUAAGGCAAGGUAAUCUACACCUUGAGCGUCGGUUAUGAAAAAAUCCUGUUUUUUUGGUUUGAAGGAGUGCAUAGAAAGAUUUAAGAUAUAUGCUUCCAGGCUCUCUCAUUGAAAUGGGCAGAUGGGGGCUUAUGGCUUAUGCCAAAAUAAACCAGAUCAGGCAGAAUAUACAAACUCAAACACUCCAUUGUGAUCCAUCCCAUCAACAAAAUUUUGUUGACCAAAUGAUGCAGGUGUCCACACACAGAUGGAUGCGCUCAAAAUGAAAAGACAUAUAUUUGCAUGAGUUAAUGUUUUUCAUGGAGAUAUUUUUAAAAGUUCAUUGUUAUGGCCAUGGGUUUUGAGGGGGGGGGGGGGGGGGGGGGGGGGGGGGGGUGGUGGGGGCGACGACGACAACUAUGAAUAAUCUCUAGUUAUGUUGUCUUCUUACAUUAAAUUGUUUUAAUUUUUAUAUUUAAAAAUUUUGUCCUGAAUUAUUUAAAUGCCAUGUGCUGAAAUUAAUUUUUUCAUAACCGACACUGCAGUGGUAAAUUACCUCAUUUAAAUUGACUAAUAAAUUAUUAUUUCUUGCCACAUACAGUAGUUUUGUGGGUAAUCUCUAAUUUUAGCAAAAUAAUAAAAAUAAAUAUGCAAUUUUCUGUGUACUGGUAUAAUUAGGAAAGUGCACAGCAACAGAUCUGUUUACUAUUAAGAUUUUUGCAUACAACGUACAAUUUUGAGGUUUCUUUUAUAUAUGAUUGUACGCAAAGACCUUUCACUCUCACAACUACAAUUUUAAGAAACCGGGUUGAAAAUAUAUACAUUCUGGUAGUUUUCCCGAUUAAAAAAUAAUAAUUCAAAAGUAUAUUUUCGGGUACCCGGUACCGGUAUUAGUUUUAACCCGGUUUCUACAUCCAAUAAUGAAUGGAUGGAGAAAUACUAUUGACCCAUUUGUGUCUAUUGCCUCAAGCCUUCAAACCCCUAGUGCAUGAUUUCCUCAUCAACACCAGUAACUGAAACAUUGCAAAUCCCAUCUACAUGCAUAGGAGCCAAAAUGGUCAAUAAAUUGAUCGUGGGCCCUUAAGAUAUAGAAGAAGACCCACUUACAGCUUGUGAUAGUUAUCAUGGACACUAGCGCUAUAAAAGUCCUCAAUCUUCAUCAGUCUAUACUAUAAUAUAUUAGUGGGAGAUAGGCUUAAUGGAUACUGGUAUCAAUUAAUUUUUUUUAAACCAGCUUUUCCUCAAUAAUAAAUUUCAAGUUACUUGGUAGGUUUUUUAAAUGAUGUCAUCAUUUAUUACCGGUAAUUAAAAUAAUUAACUCUUAUUUCAAGUAAUCUUAUUUUAUGCUUCGAGUUUGAACCACAUUAAAUGUCACCAGUAACUAUAUUUUUACCAGUGAAAGACUGUGAUAAUCCUAAUGUGAUCUGCACCUCCACUCAAUAUAAAUUAAUAUUUAUAGUAAAUGCACGUCUGCAAAACUAAGUGAUCCCAGAUUGCAAUAUAAUCAUCAGUCAUCUACUUUUAGAAGUUACCUUUUUUGACACCAGUUUAACUAGAUCUUACUAGACACGUGGUGCGAGUAGUUAUUGUAUACAUUAUACCUACUGCAUUUUUUUUAUCGGGAAAGCUUUCCACUUCUAGGCACAAAUAGGCAAAUAGGACUUUCAAGCCACUUGAGUACUUACAGUCGAAUAUAGUUUAUAUAGCCUUGUUCCUCUUCAUGUGUGAAGAACAGAUACUAUUUUUAAACAAAAGGAAAUGUACAUCAUGGUUAUGAUAGAAUGAUACCAACUACUGACUAUUCCAGUUAACCCUUGUUGACAAAUGAGUCAAAAAACAACAUCGUACCCAUGCCAAGUACUAUUUUUCCAGCACACGAAAUGCAUGGCCUGUCUGGCUUCUCUUUAAAACUAAUUAUGAGGAUUAUUUUAAAUAAAUACACACAUUUUUCUCUGAUGCCUGAGUUGUACAUUGUAAAUUAAGAGGCAUUAAAAUAAUGUUUUUAAACACCUACUUUAAUUUAAUUUAAAUUUAUUGUGUUCUAAGCAGUCAAAACGAGAAGAUGUUGGUUACUGUAUUUAAUUUAUUCAUUUAAUGAGAUAUUGCCAAUAUUUAAGACGAUUAGAAAAAGUUGCAUGCUUAAAAUUAACUGAGUUCAUUGAAAUUGAAAUGAAAGUUAAAUUAUUUUAAAAAAUCCAAAAUAAUAAAAAGGUCACUAACCCUAAUUAUUCCACUGUUACUAGCAUAAUGCUUAAAAAGCUAAAUAAAUAUACAUUUUCAAAUUAGAAUAACCUUGGUGAGUCAUUGAACAAUUUAGUAAAGGUAGAGUCAAUAUGGUAUUUGAGGAAGUAGAUUUUGUGGAGAGGGAGAAAUAAAAGUAAUGUGUUUUUUAAUAAAUUAUGUCUGAAAUUUGGAUCAGAAUUGAAUGUUAUUAAUGUUUUUCUACAAUUAGUGUUACCGUACCUUUUUAAUCUUGCUAAAUCCUUGUUUAUUUAUAGCCUGUUUUAAAUUAAAUAUUACAUUUACAUAUGUACCGUAACUGAAAAUUUAGAAGUAGAACACAUAUUAACAUUACAAUUCUCAUACAAAAAGUGUGAAGUGUGAAAUAAAAUCUAAAUAAUCUCUAUUUAUUAAAAAUUUUCCACUGGCUUCAGGUAAAGGAAAAUGAUAUUGACAUAGUGGUAUUUCAAGAGGUGCGUGUUACUGAGAAUGAAAUAACAGGUCGAAUAGAGUCUCAGCUGGAUGAGUUCAAGAGUCUACCAGAAUACAAAUGGGCAAUAACAAAAGCAGCAGGACACAUCUUAAAACCAAAAGACUCAUACUGGUAUGGAUGGAACAAGGAAGGUAAGUUAUUUAAAAGAAAUGUUAUAUUUUCAUUAUCUUUGGGUAAUCGGCAUGAAGAUAAUGUCUAUCAGUACUAUCAUUACCCCAUUAACAAAACACAUCUGUCCCCUGUAUUUCACCCUGAAUAAUAUCUUAAUGUUAAAUGCUUUGCACCUCAGUCAUACGCUAAAAGGACUUGAAAAAUUAAUGAAAUUAGAGGUACAUAGUACAGGUAUGUGAAAACUUGAUGUAGACAUUACAUAUCAAUGAAUAAUAUACUAAUAUAGCCGAAAGACUUAUCACCAAAACAAAAAAAUGACAUGUAAAAAUAAAGUAGCACAUAUUAAUUUUUUGGUUAUCUAUUAGGUUUUGGUUUUCAUAAAUUUGUUCUUUUAACAAACACUAAGAAACUAUAAACUAAUCAUCUGCAGGUUUGGGCAUCUUGAGUCGGAAACAGAUUAUGUCAUCCAGCAUUGUAAAUCUGACAACUUCUGGAAACAUAGAUAAAAAUCCUAGAAUUGCAAUACAUGCCAAAGUCAGAGUGGGACCAAAUGAAAUGGAUAUCAUCAACAUCAUUGUCGUUCAUUUUUCUUAUGACAGAGAACAGCAGUGUCAGAAUGCUGAAAGCAUAGUGCAAUUAAUUCAUAGUAGGUUGAAGGUCUAUUAUUUUUUUUUGUUUUGUAUCUCUAAAAAAAGACAGCUGAUUGAAAAUGUUUCUAAAUUCGGAAUAAAGAUUCAAGAUUGUGUACAAACGAUGCAGAAAAUUUACUUAAAUCAUACUAAAAAAUACAUUUUUUUUACUACUUCAUUCAUAAUGUAAGUAUUGCUAUUUAAUAAUGUUAAAUAAGUAGCCAUGAAAAAUCCGAACUAUAGUAAUUUAAGUUUUUAUUUUGGGAAUCGUAACACUGAGCAUUUUAAAUAAAACCAUUACUGGUCCCAGGGUACCUCGUAACAUUUUUUAGUCCAUCAAGGAAAGAAUGAAGUAAUGUAAUGUAACCAUUUUAUUUUUCUAAUUAUUUCUUCUUUAAAAAAUUUACAAUACAACUUAGAGCUAACACUAAAGUUCCGGGUGAUCUGUGCAUUAUGUCUGUAAUAGUUAAAAAAAAAGUUAAAUUACAUUUGCAGGAACAAUAGAAAUUUGAAUUUUCAAAUCAGGUUAAUUUGAUGUAUACUUUUAAAACACAUAGUUCCUUAAGAAUUAAUAAACAAUAAACAAAGUGCAGUAUUAAUUCCAACUGUAUUAUUAUUAUACAAUACUGUAAAAGAUAAUAUAAUGUGUCCCAAGUUCCCAUGACUAACUUGAAAUUUGAGUUUGAUGAGAAUCUAGGUUCAGAAAAGGCAUAUUUUUUAUUUUACAGGAGGUCAAUUGAACAAUGUAAUAGUAGUCGGGGAUCUGAAUGCCUACACUGACUUUCCAGGACCAGUGGAUGUUUUCACAUCCAAGCGCCAGUCAACCUGUUUUAUAAAAAGUAAACAAGCAGCUGGCACUAUUCUUGGCACACUAAAAGAUGCAUGGAUCUCACUGGACAAUGAUAAGGCCAACGGUCUCACUUUCAGCAACAUGGUACUGUCAAUAUUAUUUGGAAAGAAAUACACUGCUGUUUAGUUAAAUUCAUCAAACAUCACAAUACCAAUAUUUAUCAUUUUUAACAAGGGAUAAGAACUUUAAAUUUAAAAAAAAUUUAUUCAGUUGCAAUCAAAUUAUUGGAAUUUCGGAAUUCAACAUACCGGUACAUCAAGUUUAUUUUUUUGUUAAUUGAGAAAAUAUUUUUGUAUAGUUAAAUUAUUUACAAUUGGGGUUUUCUUAAAAAGAAUUUUUGUUAAUUAUUUGUUUGAAAGAAAGAAAUAUGUGUGACUCAGACCUACAACUCAUCUUAAACAAAUCAAUAUAUCAUUAUCAUCAGUGGUGCUACAGGCCAUAAAGGCUUCGGCCUGCCUCACCACAUCCUUCAAACAUCCAUUUGGAUUGUUUCAUGGCUUUCCGCCUCCAUGUUCUGACCCCCAGCUGAUGUAAGUAUUUUAAGUCCUCAGCACCAUUUAUCCAUCUCAGUUUAGUCAACCGAUGAGCAGUCUGCCUCUACGUUUCUGCCUGUAGUUCACUUUUGCUGCUCUACAAUCCGGCAUCCUCUCAAGGUGUCUUGUUCAGUUCAGUCUGCCUUUUUAAAUUGUUGAACAAUUGCUAUAUCUCUUGGUUUGUCUGCAUUCUCCAUCCAUCAUUCUCUUAUCAGUUUGUGAUAGUUCCGCUGGUGCUCACAUAUAUGCAUCUGAUAACUUUUUCUAAUGUUAUGUUGAACAGGAGACAUGAUUAAUAAUGAGUCUCCUUCCAGAUUCUGGAUAUGAGGUCGUGUAUUUAUCUAUGUAGCUAGUUUCCACCUAGUUUUGUCAAUUCUGAAGUGUUAAAGUCUGUUCCUGGAGCUUUGUUUUUUUUUUUAUGGUGAAGAUGGCAUCUUUUGUUUCAUUUAGUGUUGGUUGGCUACAUUGGUUACUCCAUAUGAGCCAUUUAGCAUCCCCUACUUAAAGUGAUGUAUCCAUCUCUGUGAUAUCCAUUUCUUUUUGUACAGCUCUUUAUGGCUUUAAAUUAUCAUGGGAACGUAGUGUUCUCAGAAUACUCAGAUCUUGGAUUUUUUCAGUAAGCUUUACAUUUCUUUGUAUUUAUUGCAACGCCGGCCUUUAGGGUGUGCGACCUGUGCUCUUGCGCAGGGCGCCUUGGCCAUAGUGGAGCCUGUGGCACCCAAUAAAUAUUUAAAUUCCCUUAGUUUAUUUUAGUGAAGUGUGAACCUCGGUUCUGGGGUCGAGACCCACAAAGGUGGUGUGGAAAUGGAACAAAGUAACGUAGAAAAACUAUACAGUCUAAAUUAAUGUGCAUGUUAAAAUGCGUAUGGUUAGCUACAUGUAUAGCAUCAUAACACGUGCUCCAUAGACUACGUCAUAAUCUGAAAAAGAGGGGAGCCAUACAGGGACAGGGAAGGGGGCGCCGAAAGGUUGCUUACCUAAGGACGGCAUUGUUUAUUGUUUAGAAAGUGAUUAUUUUUGCCUUUUAUUUUUAUGUUUAUCGUUUUUCCAAUUUAUAUACAGGUUGUGGAGAUCUUUUGAGUUUUUUGGGGGGAAAUAUUCCCUUUUUUCUGAUUUUUGUUUACCAGGACAUUUGCACAAUAAUAUGUUUUUUGCCCCUUUUUUUUUCUUUUUCAGCCAGAGCCAGGUCUUGUGAGCAGACCUGACAGAAUUCUUGUGCCUCAGAAUUUUACAGUGACAUUGACGAUGACAGCGGGAGAUGGUGUCGACUACAAGAGGCAUUAUUACCUCUCUGUCUUACUAAGCAGAGCCAAAGCUAUCAUUAAAACAUCAUUUGAUGCCUUUGUGGGGAAAACAGGGUACUCUUGUCUCCAAGACUGUGGACCCCACGGAUCUUGUCGUUGUGGUGUUUGUGUUACUGGCGGGAACCAACACAACUGCAACAUUCCAGACUGUUCUGAAUGCGGCAACAACAAAUUUAUCAUUUUUAUUUUGAUUACUGUUCCACUCUUCACUGCCGUGUCAACCGUGUUUUUCUCCAUUGUUAAAAUACUCUUGGUCUCAUCCAGGUUCAGCCAACAAGAUCUCUGGGAUAUACUAGGUUACAGGUGCUGCUUGUUCAACAAACAGUUGUUUCUGUGUAAAGCCGUGCCAAGAAGGUACAAAGCCAACUUAUCCAGAUUUCUCCUUCUCUGUCAGCUUCCACCAGUGUUACUUCUGUUGUUGAUGUCCUUUGUGAUAUUUGGCUUAUGUGUUUCAUUUUAUUUGAUUUUAAAGGAUAGCAUUAACUUGGCCUAUGCUGUGUUACCGGAGGAAAUGUUCCCUUCUGAUCAUUUAAUGGUGUUGACCAAGCUUAACUUUUAAAUAUUUUUUUGUGCCUAAACUUGUAUACCUCAAGUACCUGUACAAACUAUUAAUUAAAUUUUAAACUAUUUCGUUUAUUUAAUGUGAAAUUAAUUUUUAAUGUAAUGUAAGUGCCUUACCGGUAACCGUUUAACUUAACCAGUUCUUUUUAUGAUGAGUGUUUGAAAAUGUUACAAAAUUAAAAUAAAACAAGCUUAAUUAUUUUUAAUCAAAGAUUAUUAAGCAACAUCUUAUUUUGAAGGAUGAAUUUUGAAGGAUGAAUAAUAAGAAAUGAAUUAAGAAUAACUGAACUUACUAUAGUAAUUAUAAAUUAUAGUUCAUUGACUUGAACUUGAAUGUUUUAAUAGAAAUUUUCAAUCUCUUUUUGUGGUAAUUCACUUUUGUUAUUUUUGGUACCAUACAAAUUUAUCAAUAUUUAAAUGUGUUUUAAAAGUGUUAUGGACAUCCAUUAUAGUAUAAACUCAUAUUUGUAAUGAGGCAUUAUGUCAAAAUAUACAACCACAGUUUGGCCUAUUUAAGGAUAAUGUUAAGAAUAACUUCAUUUUCAUGUUUAAAGAAAAUAUUUAAGUGAGCUUUCUUCCUAAUAUAUUUACCAUAAUGAUGUUAUUUACUCUUAAUAUGAAAAUGUUGAAUAAAUAAAAUACGAUACAUG